GCAGCUUUCAAAAUGAAAUUGCUUUAUUUAGUGAUCUUUUGCGCUUGUCUAUUGAGCCUUGCUUUUGGCAAUGCUAUUGUCGUAACAAGGCCACCAUUCUUACGCAGUCGCUAUAGUCUACGCUGGCGCAAGACAACUACUUUGAUGCCCAAUAUCACCAUCACCUCAGCACGUGGAAUGGAUGCAACCUCAACUGAGCAUCCUCAAGUGGCCACUUCAACAGCUAGCGCUGAUGAUUAUUACGUAGAUGGCGAAGCCGACAACAUGGUGCCCAAAUAA